UAUUCCUUUAAACAUAGGCACGCCCCACAGAGUCUCCUAUUGUCCAGUAAGAAAUAGAGGCUCGACCGCCCACCACCAAUGAGCGCAGAGACAGGCGAGUCCACUACUUCCGGGUUGGAUGGAAUCAGAGAUGUCUUCAGGUCUGGAGGAAGAAUUGAAAACCCUGUUAGGCGGAGGAGCUGCCCCACUACCUGACCAAUAUGAUGUGAUGUCGGAGAGUCCUCGGCCCCUUAAACUGAGGCACAACGUCUGCUACAUUGUUGUGGGUGUAUUACUAAAUGAGCAGGAUGAGGUGCUGAUGAUGCAGGAGGCCAAAGCUGAGUGCCUAGGUACCUGGUAUCUCCCCGCUGGACGUCUGGAGAGAGGCGAGACCCUGGUGGAUGGGCUGUGCCGGGAGGUCAAAGAGGAGACUGGAUUAACCUGCGAGCCCAUCACUCUGCUAGCUGUGGAGGAGAGAGGAGCCGCCUGGGUGCGAUUUGUGUUUCUCGCCCAACAUACAGGGGGCUCUUUAAAGUGUCCGGCUUCAGCAGACAAGGAAUCUAUUCAAGCCUCCUGGUGGGACAAGGUUUCCCCUCUGCCGCUGCGCUGCAGAGAUAUCCUUCCUCUGAUAAAGCUGGCACUGGAGUACAGGAACCAACCUUCGCACCCCUAUAUGCUUCCUCUGCUGUACCCUUCCCCAUUCCUCAUCCUGCGGAUGCUCCUAGUUUGCUUCACUACCCCAGGAGAAUUGUGGGUCCUGCAGAGUGCCAGUACCCCUGCCCGCCUACCCACUGCUGUCAGUGCCACCCAUGGGGGAAGCCUUCUCAACCCCUUGCGCAGCCUGCUGCAAGAUCCUCCCAAAUCUUACGGCAUUUUAGGGGUACAGCACCAAGGCGGGGAUGGCGCAGAUGGAGUUUGUUUGACCGUCAUGGGGGUCUUCAAUGGCCUAAAACCACCCCGGGUCAGAGUGGACAGUCUCAGCUGGGUACUGUUGGAUGAUGAAGAGCUGAAGAAUAGCAUAGAGAAGGCAACACUCCUGCCAUUAUACAGCUGAGUCUCAGAUGUGUAGGCACAUAAAGAGCUUUGCAUGUAUACACCGUUGUGCUGUGAACAAACAUUAUCACACUUGUAUAAUAAGGCAAAGUAGAUUGACAGAAUAAUGUAAAAACUAAUCAGAUUUUACUGGAGCUAGGCCAAAGAAAGGUGAAUUCCAAAUAGUUGGGCCAAGCCACUUUGCCUUAUUGCAUAAGCCUGAAUAUGUGUAUGCUUUGCCUUAUGACUAGCUAAGCAAGGCCUGUGGAGGCCAUCGCAUUAUUAAGCCAUUAUUGUUGUAUCUUAAAUAAGGGCUUGAGCAAGGAAAUAAGUCAGGAUAGAGAUAUACUGCUCAAGAGAAGUUUACAGGUCACGAGAAGCUUGAAUUAUAGAUUUACAAUUCAGGGAUACAGAAUUUAAGCACAGUUGAAAUGCAUCGGUUGCGGCCUUUUUGUGGCAUGCAUCCCUUUACUGCCCAUUCAAAACUGCUAUGGUAUGGGGCAAAAAAUGGCAGACAUACUGUGAUUGCAGGGUGUGGGGCCACACAAAAGACUGCUUAGGCAUUGUUCCAAUGGGGGGAGAUAUUUAAAGAGGUUAAAAAGUCUAAAGGUUUUUUACCUUCAUGCGUUCUACGCAUGAAGGUAAAAAAAUCUUCAGUAUGCAGCUCCCGUCCAAUACUUACCCGAGCCCGUGAUGUGCACAAGAGCGGCUGAUGUCCUGGCUCUCUGCCUGAGCGGGGAUCGGGAGCAAGCUAGCACAAAUGCCCCUAUAGCAAACCCUUGUUAUGGGGGCACUCAGUAGGGGGGAAGGAGUUUGGAGCACUGACAGGGAGCAGAGAAGAGGAGGAUUGGGGCUUCUAUGUGCAAAACUGUUACACAGAGCAGGUAAGUACAA